AGAAUGGGGUCCAAUCCGGUUCCAGCUAGUUCUAGUACUGGUCGGACGUUUAUGUUAAGUUACAGACUGUUCUGGAGGUGUAAGGCUGAGGUGAUUCACUUAGUUUGCUAAACUGUAAAGAGGUCGUGUUAUUCUUUCAUCUCUGCCCUACAACCUGAGCGACAAUGGGAAGGAAAAAAUCUGGUGAUACAGAUGCAAGUCCAGUGCCAAGGAGACAUUCUGCGCGGUUGAAAAGGCUGAGCCAGACAGAGCCAGAACCACAGCCAGAAAAGAAAAAGGCGCCUCCCAAGAGCAAAAAGGCGAAAGAGGUAAAGGCCAAACCGGAGGAGGAGAAGAAAGAAGAACCUCAGGCUGAGAAAGAAGAGGCUCCUGCAGAAAACGGGGAGGCCAAAGCUGAGGAGCCUGCUGCAGCAGCAGAUGAGGCAGACGAAAAGGAGGACGAGGCCGAAGAGGAAAAAGCAGAGUAGUAGUGACACCGCAAAACUCGUUUGCCAAUGUUCCCUGUACCUCCUUUCUUGUACAAUGCAGAGAUUAUUUUUUAUCUACUAUUUUCAUAAGACAGCAAUGUUUUUAGGGAUGUGAUUGCAGAAAUGCAUUUUAAAAAAAUAAAUACUACAAAUUCCAUUUUUUUUUUUUUUCAUGGCUUCUGUGAAGGGAAAGUUUCAGACAUUGUAUCGGGGUUUUUGUUCUUAACAUUGUACUUGUUUUUUCUCUAUCUCUCUGGCUUCUUUUUUUGCCUUUUUAGGUUGUAGUUUUAUGCAUGACAUGCUGUUGUGCCUAUAUCAGGAAUUUGACGUUUAACUCCGGGAGAGUUUACCUGAGACAUUCCCGUGACAUUUUGAGGCAUUUUGUAACCUGUGCUGUAUUGGAAUUUAAUACAUUGUCAUACUGUGUGUUUGAUAGGGAAUAGGAUGAUUGAAAGUUUGAGAGUUGUGGUCUGCUAAAUAAGUCUCAUUGGCAACGUUCACUUUAAUCGUGCUCAUUAGUUUGAUAGUUUGAUUUGUUUAUUUUUUUUUUGUCAAUGCAAUCAGUGAUGGUACAAUUGAGGAUGAUUAAAUUGAUUUUGUAUUCUCAGUUGUGCUCAAAACAAAAUGCAUUGCAGUUAAUCUUGUCAUGCUAUUUUCACCUGAGUCAACAAAGUAGAAACGCCACACAUUUCUGGAUAUUCAUUGUGGGUUUGGGAUUUCUCUACCAAUGUACAGUUUCCUUCUUUUUUUAAGAAAAAAAAAAAAGAAGAAAAGAGAAAUGUUUUCUUUGUUAUGAAUGGUAUAAAAUUAAAGUGGGAAUUUCUCUGAAA